AUGUCCGUGUUGAGCUCCAAGAAAAUACUGCAAGAAAAAGAUUCAAGUGAUUCCAACUCCAUUACUUCUCUCUCCCUUAAUCACAGAGCUAUUUCUGAUGUGUCGUGCUUGAGUGAGUUCAAGAACUUAGAAAGGCUCGAUCUUGGAUUCAAUAAUCUGACCUCGCUUGAGGGCUUGAAGUUAUGCUUAAAUUUGAAGUGGUUAUCAGUGGUGCAGAACAAGCUUCAGAGCUUAAAAGGCAUUGAAGGCCUGAAUAAACUCACUGUACUGAAUGCUGGAAAAAACAAGCUUAAAUCUAUGGAUGAGGUGAAGUCUCUUGAUAGCUUGCGUGCAUUGAUUUUGAAUGACAAUGAGAUCACUUCUGUAUGCAAACUUGAUCGGAUGAAGGAGUUGAACACUCUAGUCCUUUCCAGGAAUCCAAUCACUACCCUAGGCGAUUCUCUGGUGAAACUGAAAUCAAUAACUAAACUUUCUUUUUCUAACUGCCAACUCCGAACAGUUGAUUCAUCCCUCAAUUCCUGCCUAGAGUUAAAAGAGCUUCGCCUAGCUCACAAUGAGAUCAUGACUAUUCCUAGUGAGUUCAGUACUCUCGUGAAGCUUCAAAAUCUUGACAUUGGAAACAACUUAAUCACAAACUGGUCAACUCUAAAGGUGCUCCAAUCGUUGGUUAAUUUGAGAAAUUUGAAUCUACAAGGAAAUCCGAUUGCCGAAAAGGACAAUUUACUGAAGAAAGUCAAGAAGCUGCUUCCGAAUUUGCAUAUCUUCAAUGCUAGGCCGGUCGACAAAAUCGCCGGAAAAGAAAUUGAUGAAAAAGCAAAUGACUUCUCUGUUGAGACUGAUAUCGGCUCAGGAAAGAAGAGAAGAAAAAAACUGCAAGACAAAGAAGGUGCAGAUUCUGUAGAAAAAACCAAAAUCUCAGAGACGCAAACCAUGAAAAAGUCAACGUCAAAACACGAUGAAAGCGCAGCACCGAAUGAAUCAGAUGCUCCAAACCCAAAGCUUGAAGACACAAAGAAAUUAUCAAAGCACAGGAAAGACAAGAGUCAACCCUUUAAGAACGCAGACAAGAAAACAGUAGGAGAAAAAACGAACACCAUCGACAACUCAGAGACUCCUUUCGUGGAUCUUUUCGUAUAUAGCAUGAUCGAAACCAAGCUAAACACAGACGCGGCCAGUGGUUUGGUAAUUCAUCCAAUCAAGAAAAAGAAGAAAAACCGCACCGCUGUCGAUCCUGCUGCACUUGAGCUGUCGCGGGCUGAUGAAAUUGGGUUGGGCGGGCCGUCCGCUUGGGAUUGA